AUGGUGACAGUUCUGAGAUUGUCUUGUUUUGUGAAAUUUCAACUUGAAGAUGCAGAGAAAGCCCUCACUUUAGGUCCAUUGUUGGCUAAAUUCAACACCAUGAAAGUGAUUGGGAGAAAGGGUUAUGUCUCUUUUAUUGAUUAUAAGGUACUAGAAACUGCAACAAACAAUUUUCAGGAAAGUAAUAUCCUGGGUGAGGGCGGGUUUGGUUGUGUCUACAAGGCGCGGUUGGAUGAUAACUCCCAUGUGGCUGUGAAGAAGGUAGAUGGUAGAGGCCAGGAUGCUGAGAGAGAAUUUGAGAAUGAGGUGGAUUUGUUGACUAAAAUUCAGCACCCAAAUAUAAUUUCUCUCCUGGGUUACAGCAGGCAUGAGGAGUCAAAGUUUCUUGUCUAUGAGCUGAUGCAAAAUGGAUCUCUGGAAACUCAAUUGCACGGACCUUCUCAUGGAUCAUCUCUAACUUGGCAUAUUCGAAUGAAAAUCACUUUGGAUGCAGCAAGAGGAUUAGAGUAUCUACAUGAGCACUGCAACCCACCAGUCAUCCAUAGAGAUCUUAAAUCAUCUAAUAUUCUUCUGGAUUCAAACUUCAAUGCCAAGCUUUCGAAUUUUGGUCUAGCUGUAAUUGAUGGGCCUAAAAACAAGAACAACUUGAAGCUUUCAGGCACCCUGGGUUAUCUAGCUCCUGAGUAUCUUUUAGAUGGUACAGAAUCUAAACUUCUUAUAGUUUUUUUUUUUCAUAUCCACAUAUUUUAUUUUUCAUAAAUAUGACUAUUGAAAGCUUCAAACAUGCUGUAAAAUAGCUCGGAUCUUGAUAAACAUAUUAAAUCA